CGCUGCUGCAGCGCCGGCUGGUGGCCGAGCGGCAGCUGCCUGCCGCCGGCGUGCUGUUCUGUUGGCUGGGUGAGCAGGAGGACCAGCACGCCCGCCUGCUGGGCCCCGGCUACCAGCGGCUGGUCGAGCUGGGCCAGCUGAUGAGCGACACACUGCGCGCCGCGCUGGCGGCGCCGCUGGUGGAGCUGGCGCUGCGCGUGCACGAGCUGACGCUGCGCCGCCGCCUCCUCCUCGAGCCGAGCAGUCUGCGCGGCCUACUGCUGCUGCGCCUGCGGCUGAAGCACUUCAACCGCGUGCGGCUGCUGUACAACCAGGGCCUGCUGCAGGGCGUCUACCCUCGGCAGCAGGCGGUGGCCACCCAGCUGGAGGUGCGUCUGCCGUGCUGGCUGACCGGCGAGGAGAUGCUGGUCGUGCUGGAGGAGUUCGUCCGUUCGGUGUCGGAGAGGCUGCAGGACGCGGCGCAGCGGCUGCAGCAGGCCUGCCGGCUGUUGGCGCCGCCGCUCCGGCUGCAGCCGUGUGCCGCCCACCAGUUCCUCGUGACGGGCGACUCGCUGGGCGCCAAGUACGCCGAGACGGUGUGUGGGCCGGAAGUCAUCAGGUAUUGA